AUGGGCGCUGUCAAGGUCCCAGUCCCAGGCCCAGCCCGCCUCAAGCGGUCAGCAGGGCCAGAUGAGUGGCUCGAGGCGGCGAAGAACUGCAAAUACCUCUCCGAAUACCACAUGAAACAGCUCUGCGAAAUCGUCAAAGAGUACAUGAUGGAAGAGUCAAACAUUCAGCCUGUCUCUACACCUGUCACUAUCUGCGGUGACAUUCACGGACAAUUCUACGAUUUACUCGAGCUCUUCCGAGUCGCAGGAGGCAUGCCGAAUGAAUCAGCACCCGAAACACCAGUCACCCCCGCAAACAUCAUCACAGCCGCCGACAUUGAGCCUCCCUCUACGAUCACAAAUCCGAAACUCAAGAAGAAAUUGAGACUGGGCGGAUCAGAACAUCCCGACACGCCCAGCGAAAAGAGCAGCAUCAGCGAUGCCGAAGAGAUCCCCUCAUCACAACAAUCCGAGAUUGAAGACGAGAGAUCGGAGUCCGGAAACAUCAUCUCGCGCAAGCAAAACGCUAAUUUCAUCUUCCUCGGCGACUAUGUCGACCGUGGCUAUUUCUCCCUCGAAACGCUCACACUUCUCUUAUGCCUCAAGGCGAAAUACCCCGAUAAAAUCACUCUCGUCAGAGGAAAUCACGAAUCUCGCCAGAUUACACAGGUCUACGGCUUCUACGAAGAAUGCGUACAGAAAUAUGGCAACACCUCGGUUUGGAAGGCCUGCUGUCAGGUCUUUGACUUUAUGACACUCGGAGCCAUAGUCGACGGCAAAGUCCUAUGCGUACACGGUGGUCUCUCGCCCGAAAUCAGAACACUAGAUCAAGUCCGGGUCGUGGCACGAGCACAAGAAAUCCCACAUGAAGGCGCAUUCUGCGACCUCGUAUGGUCAGAUCCCGAAGACGUUGAGACCUGGGCAGUCUCGCCUCGAGGAGCCGGCUGGCUAUUUGGAGAUCGUGUCAGUCAGGAGUUCUGUCAUGUCAACGGCCUGAACCUCAUCGCAAGAGCACAUCAAUUGGUCAACGAAGGCUACAAAUAUCACUUCAAGAGUCAGGACGUGGUCACGGUUUGGAGUGCGCCAAAUUACUGCUACAGAUGCGGAAACCUGGCGUCCGUCUGCGACAUUGGCGAAGACAUGAGACCGCAAUUCAAACUUUUCAGCGCGGUAAAAGAUGAGCUACGACACGUGCCAGCGUCGAGGGGUGGUCGAAAUGAAUACUUCUUAUAG